AUUAAGGAGCCACGGACGGUGGGUCUGUGUUGCGACUUGUCUGUGUGUGCUAUACGACCUGCCAAGUGGCAAGAGCGCCAACGCCGUCUCCUUGCCAUGGCCAUCCUGAACAGAGCUGACACUAGUCACACUACCACCGCAUCCAACGGCAGCGCCACCCCGGCUGCCCCCGUUGCCAUUGCCAUGCCUUCGCUUCCUCACCCGCCACUGGACGCCGACGAGUUCCGCAGGCAGGGACGCCUAGUCGUGGACUUCAUCGCGGACUACUACGCGCGCAUCGACGGGUACCCGGUGCGCCCGGCCGUCGCACCUGGGUUCCUGAUCCGGCAGCUUCCCGAGGCAGCGCCGGCGCGGCCGGAGCCCGACGCGCUCGCCGCGGCGCUGCGCGACGUGCGCGACCUCAUCCUGCCCGGCGUCACGCACUGGCAGAGCCCGCGCCACUUCGCGCACUUCGCGGCCACGGCCAGCAACGUGGGCGCCCUCGGCGAGGCCCUCGCCGCGGGGCUUAACGUGAACCCGUUCACGUGGGCCGCAUCGCCGGCGGCCACCGAGCUAGAGGUCGUCGUCACAGACUGGCUCGGCAAGGCGCUGCACCUCCCGGAGAGCCUGCUGUUCUCCGGAGGCGGCGGGGGCACGCUGCUGGGAACGUCCUGCGAGGCCAUGCUCUGCACAAUCGUCGCCGCUAGAGACCGGAAGCUCGCCGAGGUAGGCGAGGAGCGGAUAGGAGACCUCGUGGUGUACUGCUCCGACCAGACCCACUUCUCGUUCCAGAAGGCCGCGCGCAUCGCCGGCAUUCGCCGCGGGAACUGCCGUGAGAUACCGACCUCCAGGGAGAGCGGCUUCACUCUCUCGCCCAAGGCGCUGGCCGCGGCAGUGCGAGCCGACGAGGCGGCGGGCAGGGUCCCGCUGUUCCUUUGCGCGACCGUGGGGACCACACCGACGGCGGCGGUGGACCCUCUACGCGAGCUGUGCGCCGCCGUGGCGGGGCACGACGUGUGGGUGCACGUGGACGCGGCCUACGCCGGCGCCGCGUGCGUGUGCCCGGAGUUCAGCCACGUUGUCGCGGGCGUCGAGGCCGCGGAGUCGUUCAGCACGAACCCGCACAAGUGGCUCCUCGCCAACAUGGACUGCUGUGCGCUCUGGGUGCGGCGUCCGGCUGCGCUGACGGCCGCGCUCGGCACCGACCACGACGUGAUCCUCAAGGACCCGGCGGCGGCGCAGGCGCAGGCGCAGCAGCAGCAGUGCAGCGACGGCGGGGUGGUGGACUACAAGGACUGGCAGGUCGCGCUGAGCCGCCGGUUCCGCGCGCUGAAGCUAUGGCUCGUGCUCCGCUGCCACGGCGUGGAGGGCCUGCGCGGCCUCGUGCGCGCCCACGUGCGCAUGGCCGCCGCGUUCGAGGCCAUGGUGCGCGGCGACGCGCGGUUCGAGGUGCACGUGCCGAGGCAGUUCGCGCUGGUGUGCUUCCGGCUGCGCGCCGUCGCCGUCGCCGUCGCCGGAGAGAAGCGUGCCGGCGACUACGACGGGGUGGCAGCUGGCAACGAGCUCAACCGGAGGCUCCUCGAGGCGGUGAACGCGACGGGGCGCGUGUACAUGAGCUCCGCCGUGGUCGGCGGCGCCUACAUUCUGCGCUGCGCCAUCGGCAACUCGCUGACCGAGGAGCGGCACGUCCGGGAGGCGUGGAGCGUGGUGCAAGAGCAGGCCACCGCUAUCCUGUCUGCCGCGACCGCGACGGCGCGCACGAACGGGCUGACGGUUCGCCGUGCGCGCUGUGACGCGGAGGCCGAUGUCAGCGACGUGCCGACGCCCCAGCAGCCUCUUCCUCUUGGGUAGACGACGGCCGCCUCAUGAUUCUGAAAUAAGACCAAUCGAUGUUGUGGCAAUCUGUAAUUCCAUUUAGAUAUAAGCGUGCACAUCCGCUCAAACUUUUGAAUAAGAAGGGUCUGCAUCAGCAGGUGUACUAGUUCCACCCAA